CUUUUGCCUCAUAUAAAUGUCAAAUCCACCAUCGUCGCCUCCAUCAGUACCAAACAAGAUUGUACCGGCAUCUAUUCCUAUUCGAAGGCAAUCCAUCAGGCACUCUAUAGACUUUACAUCUCCUACGCAUCCGGUUUCUCACAGACAGCCUCAUCUAUCACCGUCAAAGUCAUCACACGCACCGUCAAAACCAUAUUUUAGCGCCACCCACUACACUAUCAUACGCAUCCUUUGCUCUAGCUCUGUCCUAUCAAGAGGUGAUUUAGAAGCUUGGAAGAAACUUCUGUGCAAGGAGAAAUUACCAGUACCAUAUUCAACACAAGACGCAUACGACCUGGAAAUGGCAACUGUUGGAUUGGCAAUAGAGCUUGCGGCGAACAAUGUUAGAACCGAGAAUUUUAAUGUAUUGUUGCUUCAUUUGCUCAGUCAGUUACGUCAGCUCCUUCAGUUGGGUGAUAUAGACCAAAUUCCGACUUCCGCUUAUAACGCUUUGUUCCUGGUCCGAGUUUUUUCAAAACAUUUUGCAGGGAAUUUGAGUGGCGAAGAAUUAAAGCGUCAAUAUGAAGGCCCUUCUGCCACACCAGCUACAGAGUCGGCAACAACUACAUCUCAGUCUGCUGCAAAAUCAGGGAUUGCAUCCGUUUCAGAUAUGAUUCUGGAUAUGGAAAAACUCAAAAUUGACCCUCAAACAGAACAAGACCCUCGGCCUAAAGGAGAGCAAUUAUUACACUAUCUUAUUGCAAUUAUCCUGCAGCUUGAUUCUCAUGCUAAUUACUCUACACACGAAUUUUACCUUGAGGCUCUCAAUACCAUCAUUGUUUUGUUAUCUACUCAACUACACCAGUCAACAUCGGACAGAACAGAAUAUAAUUAUUUUAUCAACAUCCUGAUGACUAAAUUUGGACAUCAAGCAAAACCUAUCGUGUUUAAGCUCCUACAUAACUUUAUGGAACAAAAAGCCCCUCCACCUUCUUCUUCAAAUGUUGUUUACAAUGCAUACUCUUACUUCUUCUCGGGCAAAACGAAUGUCGCAUCAUCUGCUGACGCAUUUCCGGUAGCUGAUCGAAGUUUGUUGUUACUCCUUCUGUUGUCUACUCAAUUUAAAGAUGGUUUCGGAGAGAGACAUGAAACAGAAGGUGAUACUACUGAUGAACAGAAUCUGCAGUGGGCAAGUGCAUAUAGACAAGCCAUUGCUGAAAUUUCAGGGGAUCAAGAACCUGUGAUAGGUAGUCAGAAUGAGAAGGAUGUUAAAUAUGUGUCCUCAGGUUCAAUCUCCUUCAGAAGACUAUAUACGAUUUUUGCUGGUUCCCUUGCUAUAGAAGAGCGUACGCUUUUGUUCUAUUUGUUUUUAGUUGAAAAUGAAUCCUUUAGAGUAUACGUUCUCUCUCGUAGCGAUCCGGAAACAAUUUAUAUACCUAUUCUCAAAUUGGUAUACGAAUCCAUUGAAGGAAAAACCAACUAUUCACAACUCUAUAUUUUCCUCAUAUUUAUACUGAUCUUCAGUCAGGACGAUAUUUUCAACGAAAGUAUCCAAAAGUUUAAUGUAACGAACUUGACUUGGUUUACCGAGCGACCCUUGGUAAAAAAUGUUACUCUUGGUGGACUUACCAUGUUGGUACUUUUGAGGGCUGUUCAGGUUAAUCUUACCAGCCACAAGGACGCCUAUCUGCACACAAACUGUAUGGCCUCUAUUGCCAACAUGUCAAACUCAAUGAUGGAUAUACAUCCUUAUGUAGCACAACGAAUUGUCAGUGUCUUCGAGCUUAUAUCCAAGCGCUAUCAAAAAAUUGCCAGUCGAGUUGCUGACAACAAUGCUUUACUACAGCAGCAGCCGAGUCAGGAAAUCAUCGUAUAUCAAGAUUUGAUAGCUCUCUUUUUCGAAAUCAUGAACUCAAUAUUGGUUCAUCAUCUCAAAGACAACCCACAGCUAGUGUAUGCGCUCUUGCUAAAACGUGAGGCGUUUGCAGUGUACAGGCUAAAUGCACGACUUUCAGAGCUGGUGGCCAAUCUGGAGGCAAUAAUCAACUACUUCCAUGCGCGUGUGUCGGAAGCCAACCUUCGAGCUCCGUCGACUUCUGAGGUGCUCGAAAUAAUAGAUUUAGCAACGAGGACAUGGACGCCGGAUCGUCUCAAGUCAUUCCCAGAACUCAAAUUUCAAUACGCAGAGGAACUCGAUUCUCAGCAAUUUUUCUGUCCAUAUGUUUGGGCACUGGUGCAUCGAAGGACAUUUAUAUACUGGAACGAUGAAAAAGCUCAUAUCCUCGAUGAGUAUCGACUGCAACAGCAGGAGCAAGAUGGUGGUAGUGCUAACGACAUUGCAUAAUUAAACAAAAACAUAUCUAAUGUAUAUUGAACAGAUUCCCCACUAUGUUAUAGUAUCCCCCUUCAGCAUUGACCUUUAUCCCAUUGGAUCGUUUUUUUUUUAGACUGUAAUAGCAUUUUUACAGAUGGUGUGAUAAUGAAUAU